AUGGUAUUGAAGAGGUGCCGGGUUUCCAGCUGUGCCUGCCAGGACCUUACCACUGCUCUGAUAGCCAAUAAGCAUCUACUAAGAAUGGACCUGAGCGGCAACGGCCUUGGGCUGCCAGGCAUGAAGCUGCUUUGCGAGGGGCUCCGGCAUCCCAAGUGCAGGCUACAGAUGGUGCAGUUGAGGACGUGUCAGCUGGAGGCUGGGGCUUGCCAGGAGAUUGCCUCUGUGCUCAGCACCAGUCGACCUCUGGUGGAGCUGGACCUGACAGGAAAUGCCCUGGAGGAUUCGGGUCUGAGGCUCUUGUGUCAAGGUUUGCGGCACCCAGGCUGCGCAUCUUGUGACUUGUGGUUGAAGAUUUGCCACCUCACUGCUGCUGCCUGCGAAGACCUGGCAUCCACCUUUAGUGUGAACCAGAGCCUCAUGGAGCUGGACUUAAGCCUGAAUGACCUGGGGGACCCUGGGGUGCUGCAGCUGUGUGAGGGCCUCAGGCAACCCCAGUGCAAACUCCAGACCCUCCUGCUGCACAGCUGUGGCCUCACAGCCAAAGCUUGUGAGGAUAUCUCUUCCACCCUGGGGGUCAACCAGACCCUUACAGAGCUUUAUCUUACCAACAACGCCCUGGGGAACACAGGUGUCAGGCUGCUAUGCAAGAGCCUGAGUCAUCCCGGCUGCAAACUUCGAGUCCUCUGGCUGUUUGGAAUGGACCUGAAUAAAAUGACCCGCAGAAGUUUGGCAGCUCUUCGCCUAACGAAACCUUAUGACAUUGGCUGCUGA